CACGCCUCCCUUUCCCCUGCUUUGUUGAGAAUAGAGAUAGUCAGUCAAUCGCUCAUCGGAAAAGCGUGGAAAGUGAGAAAAGAAACGAAAUGGGGAAGCAUCCGGCGAAGAUGAGGGCGGUGAUCUACACUUUGUCUCCGUUCCAGCAGAAGAUAUUGAGUGGCCUGUGGAAGGAUCUGCCUUCCAAGAUCACCCACAAGGUCACCGAGAAUUGGAUCAGCGCCACUCUCCUCCUCGGCCCUCUCGUCGGAACCUAUACGUAUGUCCAAAACUACCAGGAAAAGGAGAAGCUGGCACACAGGUAUUGAAAUCAGUGGGAAGCGGCCAAUUUAUGAGAACUUAGAGUUUUCAUAAGUUAGAUGCAGCUUUAUUGAGGUUGCUCGCAAUGAUGAACCAUGUUUUUUGGUUGGGACUGGAUGAGUCUUGAGUUGGAUUUUUGUUAUGUAUCUGGAAUAAUGAAUUUGGAACACUCUCUCCAUUUUGGUUAAAAUAAAUUGGUGGAUUGGCUCUUUAA